CGAUGUCCUGCUAUAUACAUGCUCCACUUGGCUUGUCACUUGUGUUCAUAUACAUCCCCGCCUAAUUGCUAGCUCGAUCUUCUCUUGUCAUCCUAUAUACCUGGGAGAAACCGAUGGCAGGAGGAGCGCUUAUUUUGGCGUCUGCAUGGAAACAAUGGGGUCUCCAAGCACUGGUGAUGCUCAGCUUCACACUCCAGGUGACGCUCCUCAUCUUGGCGGAGUUUCGCCGGCUCAUGGACUCCGGCGUACUAAGGGCAUUUGUGUGGUCGGCGUACAUGCUAGCCGACGCGACAGCGAUCUACGUGCUCGGUCAUCUAUCCGUCACUAGCAGGUCACCGGAACAUGAGCUGAUGGCGUUCUGGGCUGCGUUCCUGCUUCUGCACCUUGGUGGGCAGGACAACAUCACCGCCUACACUAUUGAGGACAACCGGCUAUGGUUGCGCCACCUGCAGACGUUGGCCGUGCAGGUCGCGGCAGCCGCCUACGUCCUCUACGAAUCCCCUAUAGUCGGUGGUAGAUCGUCGUCCUUGAUUCGGCCGGCAGCCAUCCUAAUUUUUGUGGUCGGUCUUGUCAAAUACGGGGAGAGGGUGUGGGCGCUCAGGUGCGCCGGUAGUAGCUCAUCAGGCGGCAACUACCGGUCCUUUGACAAGAAGUCACGAGCUACAGCUAGGCCUACUCCAAGCCGUCGGGAUAGUGAGGGCUUCCUGCUGAGAGCUCACCUACUGUUGGAUGUCGCCAGGGAUUUCUUGAAUGGGCCGCUGCCUGACGUAGCUGCAUACAGUGGCACCUUAGAUUUGAGUGGGGAGGAGGUGUACGAGGUGGUGGAGAUGCAGCUCUCCCUGAUGCAUGACGUCCUAUACACCAAGACUGAAGUGAUGCACACCUGGUAUGGCCUCUGCAUCCACACAAUCGCACCGCUGGGCGCCGCCACGGCGCUGGCGUUGGUGUUGGUGGGUGAUCAAGAUCAUGAUGGCGGCCACAAAGCAGACGUCGUCAUCACUUACGUCCUGUUGGUCGGGGCCAUCGUCCUGGAGGUCACGUCGGCACUAAGGGCGGCAUUCUCGAGCUGGACGUGCGCGCUACUGGUGAAGAGGAGCUUCCAUGCGCGGGGAGCCAAGGCAAGGAAAACAUGGGACUCUCUUGCCAAAGGACUUACAUGGAUUCGCCGGCUCGUCCACGCUGCGGAGUGGCGGAGGAGGUACUGGUCGGGCUCCAUGGGGCAGCACAACCUGAUCCGCCUGUGUGCCCGCAGCAGGGUCAGCCGAAUCAGCAAAGUCGCAAGGUGGCUGGGACUCGAGGACCAGUGGAACACGCUGGCCUACUCGGGCCCGGCUGUCCCCGUCUCGAAGCGCAUCAAGAAACUGGUGGUGGCACGAGUGCUCCAGAGCGACGGCGUCCGGGAGUCGAGCCCGGACCAUGUUGUCAACUCGAGAGGACGGGCGGCUCUGAAUCGGAGGCCGGGUCUGUACCAAGGCCUCGCCUGGAUCGUUCAAGACCUUGAGCUGGAGCGGAGCAUCAUCGUCUGGCACAUGGCCACAGACAUCUACCUCGGUUGGCACAAGGAGCAGGGAGGGCAGGACGACGCCGCUCUCGCGGAGGCGGUCGGCACGCUCUCCAACUACAUGCUCUUCCUUCUGGCUGAACGUCCCCACAUGCUGCCUCCCCCGGCCAGCCGCAAUGCAUACGUCGACAUGUGCUAUGGCCUCACAGGUCUUGAGCACGGCCCGAGCCAGGAUCUGCUGCGGCGCCACGGGGACGCCCUCAACACUGCCCCCGAGAACCGAUUCGCCUAUACCACUCGGCUUCCCAACAGCCGUGCUUCCCUGAUCUACGAUGAUCUGCUAACGAGAGGGUCUCAGCUAGGCGCCAAGCUCGUCGGCCUACAGGAACACAGCAUCCUGGAGGUGAUCGCCCAGGUGUGGGUGGAGAUGCUCUGCUUCGCGGGCUACCGAUGCAGCGCCGACUCCCAUGCCAAGCAGCUCAGCAGCGGCGGCGAGUUCCUCACGGUAGCUGCCCUCCUAGUGCAGUACAUCAAAAGACAUGGUAUAAGCGAAUACCCGAUGAUCAUUGGCUAGCAACAUCUCCUUUUCACAAUUCUUACGUGUGUACGUAUUACCAGGUUUUCCAAGAACAGGGAAGAAAUUUUGGAUAAUUAUCAAUGUGUAUGCUAUAUUACCAAGUAUUGUAUUUCGAUAUGUAAGGAAUGAUAAAAGUUGGAUACUGCUUGCAUGAAAUAAGUGGGAACUGGGAAGGAAGAAAUGGACCUGA